UCGGAAUAGAAACAAAACGGAUCAAGUUUGGACGCGGUUUCCAGCUGCCGCCGUUCUCCGAGACGGACGGACGGACGGCCCAGGGGAAUUCUCUGUUCCCGUUCGGCCGCGAUGAAAACAACAUGGGGCAACUUUGUCAGGGCAGGGCGUGGAACGGAUGAACGGACGCAGCGGGACUGUUGCGCUCGUCUCGGAAGACCUUUCGCCUCUCAUCGCUUCCAACGACGAGGCCGAGCGAGGACCGCGAUUCGUCGUCCGCACCGGAAACGAGCACAACGCUCCGGUUGGCGCCCUGGGAAGGAAAUGACAACAUCCACAGGCGGCCAUGGCGCAUCGACGGGGGGGCGCCUGCGUGUGGAAGAGACACAUCUGCGAGCAGCUGAAGCUCCGAGACCGCCUGCAGCGGCACGCCUUCGAGGAGAUCGUCCAGCGGUACAAUCGUCUGCUGGAGAAGUCGGACCUGCGGGCCGUUCUGUCGGAGCGCUACCAGGCGGACAAGUACGAAGUCGCGCGAGGACACGAAGCCACGGCGGCGGCGGACGGCGGACGCGGCGACGCGCCGGCGCUGCAGCAGGAGAUGGCCGACAUGAGGAUCCGCCACCAGGAGGAGCUGACGGAGCUGCACAAGAAACGAGGAGAGCUGGCCCAGACUGUGAUCGAGCUCAACAACCUGAUCCAGCAGAAGGACAAGGAGAUUCAGAGCAACGAGGCCAAGCUGCUGGAGUACCAGCAGCAGAUGGCCGACCUGGAGGGAGACUGUCGAGAUCUCAACAACUGCCUGCAGGACUUGGAGCGAGCCAACCAGACUCUGAAGGACGAGUAUGACGCCCUGCAGAUUACCUUCAGCGCCCUGGAGGAGAAACUGAGGAAGACCACGGAGGACAACCAGGAGCUGGUCUCGCGUUGGAUGGCCGAGAAGGCUCAGGAAGCCAACCGGCUCAACGCCGAGAACGAGAAGGACAGCAGACGCAGACAGGCUAAACUGCAGAAGGAGCUGGCGGACGCCGCCAAAGAACCGCUUCCCGUCGACCCGGACGACGACAUCGAAGUUCUGGCCGAGGAUUCCGGGAAGGGAGGCGGCGAGACGGCGAGCGAGCGUGCGCUCGGCAGAACGGCCAGUAAGAAAAUCUCCCAGCCGCCCCCUGGUGGUCUGCUGGACUCCAUCUCCAACAUCUUCGGACGGCGAGGCGCCAACUCCUUCGGGACUUCUCCGGAAAACAGCCAGGCUCCGUCGGGGGCCUGCGUGGAGGUUCGGGUCCCGUCCACAGCGCUGCACGUUUUUGAAGCGCACGACGGCGAGGUGAACGCGGUGCGGUUCGGCCCCGGCUCGCGUCUCUUGGCCACGGGAGGGAUGGACCGCAGGGUGAAGCUAUGGGAGCUGGUCUCAGGUCGCUGUGAGCCGAAAGGAGCUUUGACCGGCAGCAACGCCGGCAUCACCAGCAUCGAGUUCGACAGCGCUGGUUCGUACCUGUUGGCCGCCUCCAACGACUUUGCCAGCCGCAUCUGGACUUUGGACGACUACAGACUGAGGCACACGCUGACCGGACACAGCGGGAAGGUCCUGUCGGCGCGCUUCCUGCUGGACAACGCUCGCAUCGUCUCGGGAAGCUACGACCGAACCCUCAAACUGUGGGACCUCCGCAGCAAAGUCUGUACGUCGCCGCCCGGCUGGAGGCCCCGCCUCCCCGCGGAACUCCCACGCACCGCCGACCGCGCCUUUUUCUUUCCGGCAGGCAUGAAGACGGUGUUCACGGGCUCCAGCUGCAACGACAUCGUGUGCACCGAGCAGUGCGUGAUGAGCGGACACUUCGACAAGAAAGUCCGCUUCUGGGACAUCAGGGCUGAGAGCAACGUGCGGGAGCUGGAGCUUUUGGGCCGGGUGACGUCUUUGGACCUAAACCACGACCGCACCGAGCUGCUCGCCUGCUCCAGAGACGACCUGCUCAAGAUCGUCGACCUGCGCGCAAACGCUGUCAGACAGACCCUCAGCGCUCAAGGCUUCAAGUGCGGCGCCGACUGGACCCGAGUGACCUUCAGUCCCGAUGGAAACUAUGUGGCCGGCGGCUCGGCUGACGGAACGCUGUACAUCUGGAACGUUCUGACGGGGAAGGUGGACAAAACGCUGGACCGGAAUCACAACUCGGCCAUCAACGCCGUGUCGUGGUCGCCGUCGGGCGCGUACGUGAGCAGCGUGGAGAAGGGCAGCAAGGCCAUCCUGUGGUCCGACAUGUGACGGGAGGACCGGACCGGACCGGACGCUGCGCCAUGUCUCGCCUUCACAUGGGUGCCACCACGCACUUUUUUUUUUUUUAUAAAGAACUGCCGGCAGCAUGCCCGAAUCCGACGGGCUCGGCCGUGACCUCGGUGUACAGAACGGAACACUCUUUGUUUUUCCUGCGACUUGCCGUCAAUGUUCACUUGUCGACACGCUCUUGACUUUGUACACACGCAAAGCCAAUAAAGACGUCCAAUCUCGGCUCCGCUCGCUUCCUCGGCUUCAGCGAGAAGGAAGAAAGUGCAAGUGUGGAGAUGUGUGUGCGGGUUUCAUAAGCAGCUUAAUGCGUUUGUAUAAAUCCAGCUGGCUCGGGCGGAUCAUCAGUCUUCAUCAGUCGUCUUCAUCAUCAUCAUCGUCAUCAUCAGGUGUGUCAUUCAGCUCCGUUGUAAUUCCGUCACUCUUUUGUUUGGAUUUUAUUUAAUGAAAUGGAUUUUUUGUUGUGCGGAUGUUUUUUCGUGCGUUCAUAAUAAAAGUCAUCCCUGCGUGAGA